AAGGAAAUGGUUGUCAAUUCUUUGCUAGCUAAUCUCUUGACCGAAAGUUGAAUAAUACAUCACCGUAUGACAGAUGUGAGCAUCAUCAUUCCUGUUUACAAUGGAGAGAAAUGGAUUGAUGAAUGUUUAAGGGCUGUGAGAGAUCAAGAUUUUAGUGGAAGCUUAGAAAUAUCCAUUUUCAAUGAUGGAUCAACAGAUGAGACUCUUAACAAACUGGAAGAGUGGAAGGAUAUUCUGAAAGAGAAGUCAUUUUCUGUCAUUAUUGGAGGUCAUAGUUCAAAUCCAAGAGGAGUUGGAUAUGCAAAGAAUCGAGCAGUAGAACAGAGUAAUGGAGUCUACCUAUGUUUCCAGGACAUUGAUGAUGUGAUGUCACCUGACAGAGUGUCCAAACAGUACCAGGCCACUAAAUCUGAACCUAAGAAUAUUGUAGGAAGCAAGUUCCACAGGGAACCAGCUGGAUCUACGGAAAGGUUCACACAUUGGGCUAAUAAUCUUACCAAUAUUCAACUGUAUUCACAGAUUUACACCUCUCAUGGCCCGACCCUCAUCAUGCCGACCUGGUUUUGUCACCGAGCAGUUUUCGACAAAGUUGGAGGCUUCAAUGAGGAUGGAAAAGGGGUACCAGAGGAUCUGAUCUUCUUCCUGCAGCACUUGGAGCUGGGAGGGGGACUACUUCGGGUGGAUGCAGACCUCCUAAUGUACCGGUACCACCCAGAGGCCACCACAUUCUCUAUUCAUGAAGACUCCAUAUGGAGGAUAAGAAUGGAGUAUGUCCAGAAACAGGUGAUAGAGAAAUGGGAAACAUUUACAAUCUGGAAUGCUGGGAAACAAGGAAGGAAGUUUUACAGAUCCUUGACAACAGCCAAUCAGAGGAAGGUUGCCACUUUCUGUGAUGUUGAUCCCAAGAAGAUCAGUUGUGGAGUCUAUACAUAUCAUGAAUCUAAGACGGACAUAAAACCCACAGUUCCAAUUGUUCAUUUUCAAUCCGCCAAGCCACCAUUUAUUAUCUGCAUAAAAUUGGGCUUAACAGGAGGUGAAUUUGAAAAGAAUCUUGAAUCACUGAAUCUCAAAGAAGGAGUUGAUUUCUUCCAUUUCAACUAGGGAAAAAGGAAGGAAGUGGGCAGUGCGACUAGCCAGGGAUUUUGACUUCAGACUAAUGAUGGAAUAUAAGCUGGACUUUGUUUAAAUGGUGAUUUAUGCACAACAGUUAAAUACAGUAAAACACACUUUUAACAAUGUGCCAGGGAUUGAUAAUUCUCCUUCCUCAUAAACAUAAUUCGUUAUGUCCAUCAAGUUCACAGUACAUUUUUUAAUAACCACGGGGAAGGAAAAUCACUUAGCUGUAUGUAUGAAUUUAUUUUAAGCUUUAACACUUUUACUGCAAAUGAAUUUAGAGACUAAAAUGCAACAAAAUCUUAUUUAAUUGAUUUUAGUGCAUAAUUUAAGAUUGAUUUAAAUACACAAGUUAAGGUUGAUUUCAAUACACAAAUUUAGGUUCAUUUAAUACACAAAUUAAGAUGUCUUAAAAGUUUGUACAUGUGUUAUGAAGAGGACCAUUAGACAUUGCAUGUCCUUACAAAUUACAUUUUUCUUGACACAUUAUUCUUUCAUGAAGUGAUUUCAGUGCAGUAUGGAUUAAGAUACUGAUUCAGCAUUAAUGAUUUUUCACAUUGAAUCUUCGUUAAUCAAUCCCAAAGCAGAGUCAAAAGGAAAGAUACAUGUAUAUUCAAACAUCUGCAUCAUUAACUUUGUUCAGCUAUUGCACAUGAAAAUAUUUUAACCAAUUUUCUUAAAACAUCUUGAAAUUCUGUAUUAAGUAUAUUAGCUAGAACACUAUACUGUAGUAAACUUAUGGGAAAAAACAGUUCGAAAAAAUUUACUGUUACUGUACUAUGUUGCAAUUGGCUUUAUACAAUUGAAAUGUUAUUAAAGUGUAUUACUUGACUUGUUAAGUUUAAAAUAAGUAUUCUUUCAAAUGCGGUUUUUCUGUAAAACAUGGGAGAUGAUGUUACAUGUACUUCCUCCCAUCUUUAGUGGAGGGAGAAAUGGUGUUGAUAUCUCAAACUGUGUUAAAGUAUUCAAAAUGAAUCUUUUCAAAAUAAAACUUGAGGGAAAACAAAA